AUAAAUAAAUAAAUUCAAUUACCUCCCUUUUCUUUAAUUUGCGAUUUCCCUGUGAUAGGGGAAUUUCUUUUCUUUUUUCUUUUCUUUUUUAGAUUCAAUAUGGCUUGAAAUCCGGGGAUCUUAGGUGAAUUUUCUUUUAGAUUUGUUUUAGUUCUGGCGAGAUGGAGAUAGAGGUAACGGGUUCGAGCAGCAAGGAAUCGUUUGCGAUGGAAGUAGGGGGGUUGAAGAGAAAAGUUGUGGAAGAGAAAGAUCAGGUUCGUGUUACGAGGAAGACUUUGCAAGCUGUGCUGGAACAGUGCCAAAGAGCUAUCGAAUCGAUUAGUAACAGCGAAGGUGGAAUUGACGAUGACGACGAGGAUGAUAAAGAUGACAUGGAUCCUCAAGGGGAAGCCAGUGGCGUCGGUCUUCAAAGAGAUCAAGAAGUCGACGAGUUGUGCGAUCUUCUGAAAUCUAGAGUUCAAUGCUCUGAUUUUCUAGAAAAGCUAGAGUGUGCUCGGGUGCCAAUUUCAGAAAACGUUUCAGAAGGUAGUUCUUGGGACAUGGUCAAUGAUAAUGAUCUUUGGGAAGAUAAAGAUGUUGAUUUGGAUCAAGAAGAUUAUGUUCUUGUUAGGCAGGAAGAUAUAGUAGAAGGCAUUGCAUGUUUUAUGGCCGCAUAUUUGCUGUCACUUAAACAGACCAAGGAUUUGAGCCCCAAUCAACUUCAGGAAGCACUGAGCAAGACCUUCUCUGUGAAAAAGAAAAAGGGAAAGCUUCGAAAGGCAUGGGACGGAAGCAAAGUCGUUUAUAAUGUGGCAUCCUGGGGAGCAACUGCAAUUGGGAUAUACCAAAACCCUCUACUUCUAAGAGCUGCCUCGAAAGCCUUCUGGGUUUCCUGUAAUGUUUUAUCAAAGCUUAUCUGAUUUCCUUCUACUUGCAUUACUUGGAGAACGGAGUUUGGUGUUUAGCAAGUUGUGUAAACAUGAAUAUACACUAUUAUUCUUUUAUUUUCUGCAACAAAUCCAUUGAUCUUUCAUCUGUCAAAAUAUUUUUCAUCCUUUGUAAAUAUUAAUUUCUCGAAGAAUAUCUGAUUGCAAUUCAAAUUCAUUGGCAUUUCAAUUGAAGCAAAA